GCGGGAGAGAAAGGAGCGGGGGUUCGAUUUUUGGAUGGACGAGCGUGUGUAUUCAGAGAUGAUGGCCAUGUCCAGGGGCGAUCACACUAUACACCCCAUGAAUCUGGCGGACACGGGUGCGGCGAGAGGUGUUCAACUGGCAGGCCAGCCUGGAGGUCGGAACGAUUCAGGCGGUAGUGACGGAUGCGGGGAUGGGCAGGACGACAAUCAGGGAUCGACGCGGAAUUCAAGUUUCAGUGGCGGUGGUGUGGGCGGGUUAGGCAAAAGGAAGAAUGUGAGACAACAGACCUUCGACACGAUUGCGGACAUCAUGAAGGACCACGGGAGUUUGAUGGCGACGACGGUGGACAGCGCGAGCAAGAGCCAGUGCUCAAUUCUGACUAGGCAAUGCGACAUUCUCGAGCGAGAGCUAGAAAUGCAGAAGGAGCACUACGUGAAGACCGACCAGGCGAACCUAUUGAUGUGCGACGCCGGGGGGGGGAAAGCACAGUCCGCGCAAAAGGGCGAUGCAACGGCGAUCGACACUCGGACGGCGGCGGCGGAUCACAAUGGUAAAAGAGGAGUCGCCGAAGGUGCGGCCGAGGAGAGGGUAGACGACGUCCGCCGCGACGAUGGAAGAAGAUACGGAAAGCGGGAGGGCGACGAUGACGACGACCGUCCACUUGUGACGAGGUUGAAAGGAGCCGCAAAGGAGGAUGGUCUGGAGGAGAGAUCGAGGUUGUGGGUUGAUUGCGACUCUUUCUGGGGUCAGGGACCGGGGAAACCCUUGAGGGAGGCAGUUGGCGAGUGCGCAGACUACUUCAUCGUAAUCGCCAACGAAGACGCAGGAGCUGAACCGCCUGCGAUGCUCAUACUGCCGCCGAACGACGUGCCGCGCUUCAAGAUUGAGGACACGACGCAGCGUGAACCGGCUCUGCGCAGAGCGUGCGGCGUGGAGAAACUGGUGCUGCGCGCCAUCCACAGCUGGAUCUUCAAAUCGUCGUCGCGGUCGGCUGGAUUUGCUCGUGCAGAGUCGUACAUCAGCGUCGACAUUGCCAUUGACGUCACAUGAACAGUUUGGCAGGGGCAGGAAUGGUCGAACGUGGUGUCCCUUGCCCUCGUGUA